AGAAAGUUACACAACAGUUUAGAAGGUAGAUGUGUCGCACUGUUCGCAGGUCAUGCGUGGGGUCCCAGUGUCCGGCUGAACUGCAGGGAGGAUGGCGAUCGAUAUGGAGCCGAUAAAGAAAGAUGCGAAGAGCAACCCGUCCGCUACGGCUAAUCUCUUCUCACAGAUAUUUUUCUGCUGGCUGAACCCUCUUUUCCGUAUCGGCUCCAAGAGAAGACUUGAAGAAGAUGACAUGUAUAAAGUGCUUCCGGAGGAUGGGUCCAAGAGACUCGGGGAGGAACUGCAGAGGCGCAGAACUCUUGGAGGAGGAUACAGAGAGCAGGGCGUGAGGGAGUGUGAGGCACUGUGCCUUAGUGCCACAGCUAUGGGCCAGACAACUACUGGGCAGAUUGUUAACCUUUUGUCGAAUGACGUCAGCAAGUUCGAUGAGGUGACUAUUUUUCUGCACUUCCUGUGGGUGGGGCCUCUGCAAGCCGCAGCUGUGAUUGGUCUGCUUUGGCAAGAGAUUGGAGCAUCAUGCCUUGCGGGCAUGGCAGUUUUAAUCUUUCUUAUGCCACUUCAGACCAUGUUUGGGAAGCUGUUUUCAAAGUACAGGAGUAAAACCGCAGCCUUCACUGACAAUAGGAUACGCACUAUGAAUGAGGUGGUGUCUGGAAUACGUAUAAUUAAGAUGUAUGCCUGGGAGAAGCCAUUCGCAGCACUGGUUAAUGAUGUACGAAGGAAGGAGAUCUCAAAAAUCAUGAGCAGCUCUUACCUCCGAGGACUGAACAUGGCCUCGUUCUUUACGGCGAAUAAAAUCAUCCUGUUUGUGACGUUCACUGUGUAUGUUCUGGUGGGCAACACAAUCUCCGCCAGCCGUGUGUUUGUGGCCGUGUCGCUGUACAGCGCCGUCCGCCUAACCGUUACUCUGUUCUUCCCUGCUGCUAUUGAGAAAGUGUCCGAGUCUGCCAUCAGCAUCCGGAGGAUCAAGAAGUUUCUCUUGCUCGACGAGCUUGUGAAAUCCCACGUUCCACUUACUCAGGAGGAUAAGAAAGAGGCGUCUGUGGAGAUACAGGAUCUCAUAUGCUACUGGGACAAGACUCUGGAUGCGCCAACUUUACAAAAUGUGUCUUUUAAUGUGAAGCCAGGUCAACUUCUGGCGGUUAUUGGUCCUGUGGGAGCGGGAAAGUCUUCUCUCCUCAGCACUGUUCUGGGGGAGCUCCCAGCAGAAAAGGGUGUGAUAAAGGUCAAAGGUGAGCUGACGUACGCCUCCCAGCAGCCUUGGGUUUUUCCAGGAACCAUUCAGAGCAACAUACUGUUCGGAAAGGAGCUGCAGCCCCAGCGAUAUGAGAGCGUCCUCAGAGCCUGUGCGCUCAAAAGGGACAUGGAGCUGCUUCCUGAUGGGGAUUUGACUGUGAUCGGAGACCGAGGAGCAACCCUCAGUGGCGGACAGAAAGCUAGAGUCAACCUGGCUAGGGCUGUGUAUCAGGAUGCUGAUAUUUACCUUUUGGAUGAUCCAUUGAGUGCAGUGGAUGCAGAAGUGGGCAGACACUUGUUUGAACAGGCCACAGAGCAGGAGAAGCUGGACUUUCAUUCCUCGUACACCAAUUCUUCCAACGGCACAAAUGGCACUGUCAGCACUAACACGACUCAAGAGCUCAACCUGAAUUUCUAUCUUGGCAUCUAUGCAGGCUUAACAGGAGCCACCAUCAUCUUUGGCUUCAUGCGCAGUCUGUUUAUGUUUAACGCUCUGGUGAGCUCAGCAGAGACGUUACACAACCGCAUGUUCAACAGCAUCCUGAGAACCCCGGUCCGCUUCUUUGACAUCAACCCCGUUGGUGAGUACAAAAACACCAAAGACUUCUUAUAUUCCUGUCUGUUUAUCAAGCUAGGAAGUGACCAGCAGAGGGCAGCACAUCCUGUGAAAUGUCCUUUGGGCAAUUUAUCUAUCCUGUGCUGUUCUUGGAAGACCUCUGUUGAUGUGCAGUUACUGCCAGAGGAAAGGAAAGUUCUUUUUGUCAACAAAGAAAAUCCUCCAUUGCAUCGUUUUUUUCAUUCUGAAGCAUCAUUAAACCAGUUUGUGAAAAGAUUGUGUCUGGUUCUCACAGGUAUGAAGGCGGGAGAUGUGGGAUUGGCUUUGUCUUAUGCAGUCACCUUAAUGGGAAUGUUCCAGUGGGGCGUUAGACAGAGUGCUGAGGUGGAGAACAUGAUGACAUCAGUGGAGAGAGUCAUCGAAUACACCGAGCUAGAAAGUGAAGCACCUUGGGAAACCCAAAAACGUCCCCCUCCCGACUGGCCAAACCGGGGUCUGAUAACCUUCGACAGGGUCAACUUCUCCUACAGUUCUGAUGGACCUGUCGUCCUCAAGAACAUCUCGGCCAUGUUCAGACCCAGAGAGAAGGUUGGAAUCGUUGGGCGGACCGGUGCAGGAAAAAGCUCCCUGAUUUCAGCACUGUUCCGACUGAUGGAGCCAGAGGGUAAAAUCAUUGUGGACAGAGUCUUGACCUCCGAGAUCGGCCUGCAUGACCUCCGCCAGAAGAUGUCGAUCAUCCCGCAGGACCCCGUGCUGUUCACAGGAACCAUGAGGAAGAACCUGGACCCCUUCACCCAGCACUCAGACCAUGACUUAUGGAACACUCUGGAAGAGGUCCAGCUGAAGGCUGCUGUGGAGGAGUUGCCUAAUAAACUCGAGACCGAACUGGCCGAGUCCGGAUCAAACUUCAGCAUGGGUCAGCGGCAGCUCGUCUGUCUAGCUCGGGCCAUUCUGAGGAAGAACCGGAUUCUCAUUAUUGAUGAGGCCACUGCAAAUGUGGACCCUCGGACGGAUGAACUGAUCCAGAAAACCAUCCGUGACAAGUUUAAGGAGUGCACCGUCCUCACCAUCGCGCACAGACUCAACACCAUCAUAGACAGCGACCGCAUCCUGGUUCUGGAUGCGGGUCGAAUCCACGAGUACGACGCCCCCCAUGUUCUCCUACAGAACCAGAACGGGAUCUUCUACAAGAUGGUGCAGCAGACAGGAAAGGCGGAAGCGGCCUCACUGCUGCAGACCGCCAAACAGGCAUACAUGAACCGCAGUCCAGUCCACCAGCUCAACGGCUUCGCCACCACAGGAGAUGGCAGCUUGAUUAUUUUCGAGACUGCUUUAUAAAAGCCCGUGAAGUGCCUGAUGUACACAGCGCACAGCAACGCCCAGCAUCCACCUCCUGCGGAGGGCAACGGGCACAAGUUCUGCCUCCUCGCCCAAAACACCUGGCUGAGCGGAGCCAGAGACACGUGUAUGCGCUCAACACUCAACGCUCACGCCAGAGAGGACAGAGCUGCAAUCACUCCAGAGGACUGCAUACACCAGCGUUCUGAUUUCUCCAGUAUGAUGGCGAUAGGCUAGAGAUUGUGCACCACUGUAUAUUAUGAUUGUGCCUUAAUGUGUAAGUGUAGUACCAGGACUGCUAGGGGCCAAAGAAAUAGCUUGCCUUUGCUCAAAUAAAAUACUAUGCUAUGAGCUAGACUAAUGUAGUUUUCCCAGUGCCUUUAUACUACAUGAACCAUAAUGGCUGCUGAUUCUUACAGCAACAGUAAGGUCUUAUAAAUAUUAAGACAAUAUUGUACUGAGAGGGCUCUAAAAAGUCAGUAAAAAUCGUUUUUAUUUAUUUAUUAUUAUUUGUGAUUCUGACACUUCAUCUGCCUUAAUCACUUUUCAGAGACAGCUAGUAGAAAAAAAAAUUGCUGGAUAACAAUCAUUUUGUAAUGCUGCAACAACGGCAAAGACAUCUUGUGCAAUACAAACUUUACUUUUGUGUUUAAUGUGGCCGGUAAAUGUAACGCUGUCCCUGAUUUCCUUGAACUUUUAGAAAAAUUAUCAUUUUUAUGAGUAUAACACCAGCAGCUUUUCUCUGCUGUUCAUUGUCUUGUAUUUUUUGAAUGCUUCCGUCUUUAUGGUUUGAUUUUUGAUUUAUGGAGAGG